UACUGGAGUCAACAUAACACCACGCCCUAAAUUAUCGUAAUAUAUGAUAGUUUCAAUUUCACUGGUUGCGUGAGUCUUGUGUGUUUGUGCGGCGGUGUCUCCCUCGCUUGUUAUUUUUUCCGCGAAUGUACGGUCAUCCUUUCCCUUUCCGAGGUGGCCAUGGACAACCGUCACCACCGCCGCCACCGCCGCACUCCGCCAAUGCUCCAAACCCUAACACGUUAUUCCUGCAACCAUCGCUGCCGCAGUAUCCUCUAAAUGUCCCCAAUCCCACCACCGCCUUCUUUCAUCAGCCACCGCGAUCUUUCUCAUUCCCCAACACCACUCGGUCUUUCCCUCAGAACCCGCCCCCAAACCCUAAACUCGCAAUUGACCAUGCUGAGCGCGCUGCAGCCGCCGCCUUCAGCGCCGUCCUCGCCGCUGGUGGCUCGGUCUCGUCAUGGGAGGUCUCCCAGACCGCUCUGUCGAUGCUCCAAGUCGAUUCUUGGAACUCCUUGGGCAUCAAAAUGCAGCAAGUACCCUCCCUUCACCGCCUUAUGAUAACUGAAGGCAAGGUGAAUGCUUUUGUCCAUUGCUUUGUUGGGGUCCGGAGGAUCACUUCCUUGUAUGAUUUGGAAGUGGCAAUAUGCAAGAAUGAGGCUGUUGAUAACUUUGAAGCGCUAGGAUUGGGACCUUUGUUGCAGCAUCCUUUGGUUAUGCAUUAUUUCUCCCUUCGCUCUGAUGUCACCCAGGUGUUUAAGAUAACGAGUGAGGAGAUAAUUCAACUUUUGAGUGAGUUUUUGGAUGCUUCUAGAAGUGACAAAAUUAUUAAGGUUGAACAGUUUUUGGAUUUUAUUGCCAAGCAGCGAUUGGUUAAAUGCAAGGAAUGGCUUGGGAUUCGGAUUCAGAACUUGGGAAUGCAUAUAUCUGCUAUACGAGAAGCUAGAAAUUCAGAGCAAUCAACAUUAGAGAAAUGCUUGAAGACCUUAAAUUUGAAGAUUGAUAAGUUUGGAAAGCGUUCUCUCUCUUCCUCUCAGAAAAAACAGUUAGAUGAACGUUUUAAUGCCAUUACUCAGCGCAUUGAAUGUUUUUCUCCUGUAAAAAAGUCUUUUUGUGGAAAGCAUAUAAGAUUUAUGUCAUCAAGCUCCGAAGAUGAAGAUAGUGAUUCUUCUGCACCUGAACAAAGUAACAACAUUAUGGGUAACCAGUCAAACCCAUCAUCACAAUUCACUAGAAGUUCAGAACGAGUAAGUAGUUGUCCUUACCCAUCUGCAACUGAAGAGAUGGAACGACUUGGGGUGAGGAAUGAUAUGAUGGGGAACUCCCUUGUUAAUAGCAGCCUUAAAAAUGAAUUUUGUCAACAACCAAGAAAGAAAAGGAAAUUUGAAAACGUAACUUCUACAAGAUCUGCUGCUUAUAAGUUGCAAAAGAGAAAAAGACUCGGACGUGUUGUAACCCCAAUCCAUAAUGGUAACAAAACAGACAAAACCAAGGUACCAAUCAAUAUGGAAGGAAAUCUUUCAAUCACUAAUGAUUCUUUGCACUUGUUUGUCACAACCUGGAAGGAGGCAUGUUUGGAGCACACGGUUGAUGAGGUUUUCGAGAGGAUGCUUCAAUUCUAUAAAGUAAAACACUGUGGCUGGAGGAAAAUAAAAAAACUGUUCUCAUCAUAUCCUUUCGUUGGGUUACUGAAUGUUGCUGUUUCAUAUAUCAAAUCUGGAAUGAGGAACAACAUGUAUGAUACAUUCCAAGAUAUCAUUGGUAAUGAAUUAAGUAACUCCCCAACCAAGCGGUCUUCUGAAUAUGAGACUAUCGAUGUUGGACCAUGCCAGGAGAAAGUGCCAGUCAUAACAAUGGAUAACAUAGAGAAUGCAAAGUGUAUUUCUUCUGGUGAUGUCGUCAGAAAAAUUGGAACUUAUUUUGACCAUGACAAUGAGAUAAAUAGAGUUAGUAGCGACUCACUUAUGCAACAUAGAAUUAUGUUGUUGAGGAAGUUUUGCAACUGUGAAAAUUGGGUGGCCAAGGAAUUUGGUAUUCAAAACUUUGAUUCUCUUGGUUAUGGAGAUUUCAUAUCAUUCCUGGUGAAGCACAUUAACCAGUUGCCUCAUGAGCUACUGGAGUUGUUUGAUGGAGAUAGAUGUGAAAAUUUCCCUUUUGGGGCCUGCAUGUCUACAAAUCAAUUGACUACUCUAGUAUCUCAGGCUCUUAGUACUUUGUGGGAGAAUGAAAUAGUAACCAAACAAAUGGUAUCCAUACUGCUUACGAGGCAGUUCCCUACAAUUAUGUUUGAUGUUCCUCCAAAUGGUUCUCUAGUGAAUCUGCUGGAUGCUGUUCAGGGGCAUAAAUCUUGUGUGACUUCAAAAUGUGUUGUAUUUUCGGCAACUAUUACAGGAAAAAACUAUGGAGAGUCAUCAAGUGAUAGAGAUAAUAAUUGGUCAGAAAUGACUACUGAUUGGUCUGAGAUGAGCCACGCAAAAAACAAUGAAAAUGUUAUGGCAAAAAAUGCUAUUGAACUCUUUCUCAAGUCUCCAAUGUUGUCUGAUUUGAGCAAGUGGUCUCAUUGGGAUCUUAGGUUUGCUCCCUUUCUAGGCCCACUAAUAUCAUGGUUGUUGAAUGAUGUAAAUACCCAGGAAUUGUUGUGUUUAGUUACCAGAGAUGGAAAGGUGAUACGGUUAGAUCAUUCUGCUUCCUUGGACUCUUUCCUGGAGGCCGCACUUCAAGGAUCCUCUUUCCAAACUGCAGUGCAUUUGCUGUCUCUGAUCGCACUUGUAGGGGGGGAAAAAUAUGUGCCAUUGUCACUUUUAAAAUGCCAUGCUUGUCAUGCAUUUGAAGUUAUGUUCAGAAACUCUGUUGAAGAUGUUGAAGUUAGUGAUGAUGGGAAUGGUCUCUAUCAGUCUGUGGAAGUAUUAAGUAAAACAAAGAAUUUAACUGAAAUUUCAAAUGCUAAAAUGGGAAGUGAGUUUAGCAAACACAUAGAUAAAGUGAGUAAAGUUGCAUCCAUUCUGUCAAGGUUUGUGCUUGAUUGUCUUGGUUACUUACCAGAAGAAUUUCACAGUUUUGCUUCUGACUUGUUGCUUUCUGGGAUGCAAUCUGUUUUCAAGGAUUCUGCUUCAGCUAUUUUAUGUGAAUGCACCAAUAUCGAGCAACGUUUCAUGCUUCAUGAAAUAGGAUUAUCUUUGGGUAUUUCUGAAUGGAUCAAUGAUUACCAUUCAUUUAUUUCAAACAACACCUCUGACAUUCAUUGUACUCAAGUUUCAUGCGUAAAAGAUGCCAAAACUGAUAUAAAAGCAAGGGGUCAUGACCAAUAUACCUUGGAUAAGUCUCCUAUUCCUGAAGCAAAUAUUGAAGUCACUGGAACAGUUGAUCAAGAAAAACCUAACCAGGAAUCUAACACUUGCUGCCUUGGAAAUUCAUUUCAAAAUGGUGCAGAUGUGGAUGCUCCACUGCUUAUUGAAUCCAUCAGGCGGGAUGAAUUUGGCCUAGAUUCAAGUCUUUCUGAUAUUGAUACUUCAAUGUUGAAGAAGCAACACGCUCGGUUAGGGAGAGCACUGCAUUGCCUUUCACAAGAACUAUAUUCUCAAGAUUCACAUUUUAUUCUUGAGUUGGUUCAAAAUGCAGAUGACAAUAAUUAUCCAGAAAAUGUGGAACCAACUCUUACAUUUAUUCUUCAAGAUUCUGGUAUAGUUGUAUUGAAUAAUGAGCUAGGUUUCUCUGCUCAAAAUAUGAGAGCACUUUGUGAUGUUGGAAAUUCAACAAAGAAAGGAUCUAAUGCUGGAUACAUAGGGAAAAAAGGCAUUGGUUUCAAGUCUGUUUUCCGGGUCACAGAUGCUCCAGAAAUUCAUUCCAAUGGUUUUCAUGUUAAAUUUGACAUUAGUGAAGGCGAGAUUGGUUUUGUUUUGCCCACAGUAAUACCUCCUUGUGAUAUUGGGAUAUUCAGGAGGAUGGCAUCUAAUGAUAGCAAAUUGUAUGAUGAUGGUUCCUGGAAAACAUGCAUUAUGCUUCCAUUCAGAUCCCAUCUAUUAGAAGGAAUGGCCUUGAAUAGUAUUUUGACUAUGUUUUCAGAUCUUCAUCCUUCAUUGUUACUUUUUCUUCAUCGCCUCAAGUGUAUCAGGUUGAGAAACAUGCUUAAUGAUACGCUCAUUGUUAUGAAAAAAGAAAUUUUAGGAGAUGGUAUCAUUAAGGUUUCUCAUGGAAAUGAGAAAAUGGUGUGGUUUGUAGUAUCCCAGAAGUUGCAAACAAAUUCCAUUCGCUUUGAUGUGAAGACAACUGAAAUCUCUAUGGCAUUUACUUUGCAGGAAUCAGAUAAUAGUUACAUUCCAUGUUCAGAUCAACAGCCUGUUUUUGCAUUUCUUCCUUUAAGAACAUAUGGCCUGAAGUUUAUUCUUCAAGGUGAUUUUGUUCUUCCUUCAUCUAGAGAGGAAGUUGAUGGAGAUAGUCCUUGGAAUCAGUGGUUGCUGUCAGAGUAUCCCAGUUUGUUUGUCAGAGCACAAAGAGAAUUUUGUGAACUUCCCUGUUUUAGGACUGAGCCUGGAAAGGGAAUUUCCGCCUUCAUGAGUUUUGUUCCAUUAGUGGGUGAAGUUCAUGGUUUUUUCUCCAGUCUUCCUCGUUUGAUUAUUUCUAAAUUGCGAAUGAUGAAUUGCUUACUUGUGGAUGGUGAAAAUAGUGAGUGGGCUCCUCCAUGUAAGGUAUUGAGAGGCUGGACAGAGCAGGUGCGUGAUUUUAUUUCUGAUAACAUGCUUCUUGAACACCUUGGGCUUAGAUACCUGAAUAAAAAUAUAGUAUUGUCUGAUGCAUUAGCGAGGGCACUCGGCAUUGAGGACUUUGGGCCUAACAUCCUGGUUCGAUUACUGUCAUCUUUAUGUCACAGAAAGACCAACCUUAUAUCUAUGGGCAUGAGUUGGCUAGCUACUUAUCUAAACACUCUUUAUUUAACAAUGUUCAAUUCAUCUGCCGCUAUGUCAAUCAAUUUUAAAAUGGAAGAUGUUUGUAAAAAUCUUCAAAAGAUACCAUUUAUUCCACUUUCGGAUGGUACAUACAGCUCAGUGGAUGAAGGCACUAUAUGGUUGCAAUCCAAUAUCUUAAACCCAGGGUUUGACGAUGAGCAUAAAAUUGAAGCUUUCCCUAAUGUAUGUGCUAAACUAAGGACUGUAAGUCCUUCCCUUUUCUCUACGUCUUCUGGUACUCUGAGCAUGAAUAUGAUUUUUUUGGACAAUAUUACCCAGUUACUUCAGGGUAUUGGUGUUCAACAGCUGUCUGCACAUGAAUUAGUGAAGCUGCAUAUUUUACCUGCGUUGUCUGAUGAAACAAUGGCAAACAAAAAUAGAAUGUUAAUGGUGGAAUAUGUAUGUUUUGUAAUGCUACACCUGAACUCCACCUGUUCUGAUUGUUUUACUGAAAGCAAUCAUAUAAUAUCCGAGUUUAGAUGUAAAUCUUUGUUAUUGACAAAUUGUGGUUUCAAGUGUCCUGCUGAGACACCAAUUCAUUUCUGUACUGGAUUUGGGAAUCCUGUUACUCCAAAAUUGCUGGCUGAUUGUGUAAAUAUGACGUGGCAUGAGGUAGACCUAAUCUAUUUAACCCAUCCAGUAAAUGAAUCAGUUUCAUCUGCAGUGAUGAAGUGGAGGAAUUUUUUUGAGAAAAUUGGCAUCACUGAUUUUGCUCAAAUAGUUCAGGUGGACAAGAGUGUUGUUGAUAUUGGUGAUGCCACAUUUAAGCAGGUGAUGUGGGAUAGGGGUCUAAUAUCGACUGAAUCAUUAGUCAAAGACUGGGAAUCCCCUGAAAUAGUGCAAUUAUUGUCCUUGUUGUCUAAAGGUGGCAAUCUUGAAAAUUGUAAAUAUCUCUUGGAGGUUCUUGAUAUGUUAUGGGAUGCUUGCUACAGUAAUAAAACAACGGGUUAUUUUUAUCCUAAAUCUGUUGGGGAUGGCCGUCCCUUUAAGUCUACAUUUAUAUGCAGCUUGUGUGAUAUCCAGUGGGUGGUUUCAACCAUGGAUACAGAGCUACACUAUCCUAGGGAUUUGUUUUAUGAUUGUGAAACAGUCCGGAUGAUCCUAGGAGAUUUUGCUCCGUAUGCUGUUCCAAAGGUGAAAAGUGAAAGAUUGGUAAAAGAUUUUGGGUUUAAGACUAGGGUUACUCUUGGUGAUAUUUUGGACGUUCUUAAGGCCUUGAGAAAAUCAUCGAAGACUCCAUCCAAGGCAAGCAUAACACAAAUGACCAAAUUAUAUACGUUCAUUUGGAAUGAAAUGGCAUCUUCAAAGAAGAAAACUAUGGAUGACUUGAUGUCUGGACCUUUCAUAUUUAUACCAUACUCAUCUGUCUAUGAUCAUAAUGAUGCUGUAUGUGGGACGUUUGUGUAUCCCAAUGAAGUUUAUUGGCAUGAUUCAACUGGUUCUGUUCAGCAAAUGAAGGAGUUCCAUCCUCAGUGCAACUCAUCUUAUUCCCCUAUAAACAAGUCGUUAUGCAAUAUUUACCCUUCUCUUCAUGGUUUCUUUGUUGAUGAGUGUCAAGUACAAGAGGCACCUCCUCUAUGCAGCUAUAUUCAAAUUUUGCAGCAGUUAUCAACUGUCACUUUGCCUUCGCAAGCAGCAGAUAAAAUUUUGCAAGUUUUUCUCAAGUGGGCAGAUGGACUGAAGUCCGGUUUGCUUAGUGUUGAGGGUGUCAGUUAUCUGAAAGAAUGUCUUUCCAAAUUAGAGUUUCCUGUGCUUCCCACUGUGCAAGAUAGGUGGGUUUCGUUGCAUCCUUCCUUCGGUCUCAUCUGCUGGUGUGAUGAUAAGAAGUUGAAAAAGGAAUUCAAACAUUCUGAAAACCUGGACUUUCUCUAUUUUGGAGAACUGACUGAUGAUUGUAAGGAAAUGGUGCAAGAAAAAAUUUCCAUCGUCAUGAAAAGCUUCGGUAUUCCAGCUAUCUCAGAGGUGGUAUCUCGGGAACCAAUAUAUUAUGGUCAUGCUGAUUCUAGUUCAAAAAAGUCAUUGGUAAACUGGGCUCUGCCAUAUGCGCAGCGCUACAUUAAUAAAUUUCAUACUGAUAAAUAUGAUCAACUUAAGCAUUCUGGUUUUGAUAUUUUGAAACAUCUGAAAGUCGUUGUUGUUGAGAAGCUGUUCUACAGAAAUGUUAUAAAAACCUGUGGCAGUGUGUCGAAAAGACGAGUUGAAUGUAGUUGUCUUUUGCAGGGCAACAAUUUUUACACUACUAAAGAAUCAGACUAUCAUUCAUUAUUCCUUGAGCUCUCUAGUUUAUUAUUAGAUAGGACUUCUCAAUUGCACAUGGCAAAUUUCCUUCAUAUGAUAACAACCAUGGCAGAAUCUGGAUCCUCUGAGGAGCAAAUAGAAUUUUUCAUUUUGAAUAGCCAAAAAGUACCUAAACUUCCAGUUGAAGAACCUGUUUGGACUUUGUCUUCUGUUUCUUCACUUGCAGAGUCUGAUAAUUUGAAACCUUCAGAUCACGUUCCAUCAGUAAAUGAACCGAUCUUUCAAAGAAGGAAGACUGUAGUAUGUCCCAACUGGCCACCUGCUGAUUGGAAAACUGCACCAGAUUUCAGUUAUGCCCGGACCAAUGGUUUCAAAACCAAACCAGCUCAGAUUAGCGGCUUUUCGGAAAAGAAGAAGGAUGAUAUUUCUGAAAGCAUAAUUUCCCCACCAUAUUGUGCUGAACAAGAAUCACUUACUGUUGACUGGACCAUUAAGGAAGAUCCACCAGCAAAUUCUGUGGCGCUAGUGGUGAAUAAUAAUGUGAACUUUGAAGAUCAAUCGGGCAAUCUUUUUGAGCCCUCUGCUUUUAGUAUCCGUGCUGAUUCUGAUUCUGUGGGUUUGGAUGAAGCUAUAGAUGAAUCUCCGGAUGAAGCUCAUUUUAAUUUGCCAGCUUUUUGCAACAGAGAACGACUACAAACUGGCACCUUUGAUGCUAACCAGGGGAAGGUUACUGGCAGAUUAGGUGAGUUUCUUGCAUGCAAAUACUUUGUUGACAAAGUUGGCAAGACUGCUGUAAGGUGGGUUAAUGAAAUUAAUGAAACUGGACUUCCAUAUGAUUUAGUCAUUGGGGAAGAUAACAAUGAAGAGUUUAUAGAAGUCAAAGCAACCAGGUCUCCAAAAAAAGACUGGUUCAACAUAUCUCUGAGAGAGUGGCAGUUUGCAAAUGAUAGAAGCGAAUCUUAUAGCAUUGCAUUUGUUGCAUUAAUGGGAAAUAAUGUCGCAAGGAUCACCAUAUUCAAAGAUCCAGUGAAGUUAUGCCAACAAGGUGAGCUGCAAUUGGCUGUUAUGAUGCCAAAACAACACAAGGCGUUCUCUGUUGUUUCAUAGCCUCCAUUCUUAAUUAUUAUAUUGGGUGUACAAACUUAGUGAAUCCAAUAUUAAUGACUUGCAAAUGCAUAUCAUCUGCAUCCUGGCUUGCCAGAGAGAUCCGAUUGGAUAUCAUUUACGCAAGAUAUGUUCACUUAAAAUGUACACAAGAUUUUGCUGCUACAUGGAUAUCUUUCAUUAUGUAAAUACAAAUUUGUUUCCAUUUUGUAGGUAACAUGAUACCCCCAAUUUGAUUUUCGAUGAUUUAGCUAAGUUUUGGGAUAUAAA